AUGGCGCCUGCAGGCCGCUGGUACUUCACCCGGGAGCAGCUAGAACGCAGCCCGUCCCGCCGUGCCUGCGUGGAUCCGGACAAGGAGCUCUCGUACCGGCAGCAGGCGGCCAACCUCAUCCAAGACAUGGGCCAGCGGCUCGGCGUAUCCCAGCUGACUAUUAAUACAGCUAUUGUGUAUAUGCAUCGGUUCUAUAUGGUCCAGUCAUUUACGAAAUUCCAUCGUAAUACCAUAGCACCUGCAGCUCUGUUUUUGGCAGCUAAGGUGGAAGAACAGCCCCGGAAGUUGGAACAUGUAAUCAAGGUUGUCCAUGCUUGCCUUAACUCAAAGGAACCCAUGCCGGACACUAAUAGCGAGGCAUAUCUGCAACAAGCCCAAGACCUGGUCAUUCUAGAGAGCAUUAUACUGCAGACCCUGGGAUUUGAGAUAACUAUUGAUCAUCCACAUACUCAUGUAGUGAAGUGCACACAGCUUGUUAGAGCAAGCAAAGACUUGGCUCAGACAUCUUACUUUAUGGCAACCAACAGCUUGCAUUUAACUACAUUCAGCCUCCAGUACACCCCUCCAGUAGUGGCCUGUGUCUGCAUCCACUUAGCCUGUAAAUGGUCAAACUGGGAGAUCCCUGUAUCCACAGACGGAAAGCCGUGGUGGGAGUAUGUGGAUGCGACUGUAACGUUGAAACUUUUAGAUGAUUUAACACAUGAAUUUCUUCAAAUACUAGAGAAAACUCCAAAUCGUUUGAAGCGCAUAAGGAACUGGAGAAUAUACCAAGCAAACAGAAAGCCCAAAGAAGAUGAUGGAGAAGAUGAGGAUGGUAACGACAGCCUUUCUGAUCAGGCUUUACUUAGGAUGAUCACCCGCAGUGGACCCAUGAGCAAAUCCCCUUUUUCAGAUUCUUCUUCCCAGCCUUUCCCAGUAUCAAAACAGGAUUCUGAAAUGUCUGGAGAAUCAUGGGGAGCCCCCCAAAAUAACCAGCGGGAGCACCAGAGGACUAGUGAUCUUAUUGCUUGCACUGAUCAGUCACAGUUGCCAGGAAAUAAACCAACAGUAGCAAAAGUCUCACUGAAGGAGUAUCGUGCAAAGCAUGCUGAAGAAUUAGCAGCACAAAAACGUCAACUAGAAAAUAUGGGUGCUAGUUUAAAGGAACAAUAUGCCUCUGCAGCUCAAAACUUGCUUAUACAGCAGCAGAAAGAACGUGAAAGGGAGACUCAUGCCUCACCUAUCAUUUUGAAGAUACCUUUGCAUGAGGUAAGCCAUGAGCGGACAGAAAAAACCCCUAGCCUGAAACUGCGUCUUCCUGUGCCCACCCGCGAGAAACCUGAGGACACAAAGAUCCGAAUAAAAGUGCCAAAUGAAGAGAGUAGUAGCAGCAGCAGCAAGGUCCGGGACAAACACCGAAGCAGUUCUUCAUCGUCACAUCACCAUCACCACCACAACAGUCAGUCCCAUCGUCAGCAUCAUCAUAACUCUUCCAGCUCGAGCAGUAAACGAUCAUCUUCUAGUGUGGGAGGAACAUCGCACAAAACAUCAGAUGCAUCAAGAAAAAGACCUUUACCUGAAGAUAACACUGGUCAUGAUCCAGUUUCUCAAAAAGUGAGCAGGACUUCAAUACCUUCCAAAACUGAAUCUCCAGUUGCACAGCCAGCACACAGAGCAUGGAGUAGUCAUAGCAUUCAUAACAAAACAGAUAGGGAAACUUCUGGUUCUGAUGGGCACAGCCUACCAAAAGUAAUUGAUUACCAAGACACUGUAACCAUGAUACAUUCACUGCUAAGUGCACAGGGAGUGCAACCCAUACCACCCCCUCAGUAUUUAAAUCAAUAUGGGGAGUACCGUAAGCAUAGGCCUAGCAGCACUGAUAAACCUAGGCCUCCCCCCCUCCCUUCCGAGCCACCACCUCCUCUGCCACCACUUCCAAAAUGA